AUGAUGGCCGGGUCCGGCGAGUUCGACGGCACGCCUGUCUCGAGCAGCCCAAGGGUGCUGUCCGCUCAGCGGAGCGCCGACGACGCGUCUUCUGCAAUGCAAGUUGCAGAGAGGGAGGUGUUGCAGGCGAAGAUCGAGAUGUCGAGAUCAGAGGUGGAGGGUAAGGCAGCGGCGGAGGCCGAAGCCGCGGCGCAGGAAGCCACACGGGAGGCUGAGGCGGACGUAGCCGCCGCGGAAGAGGCGAGGAUUGCCGCGCAGACGGAGGCAGAGACAGCCAGUGCCGAGAGGGCGGAGCAAACGAUGCGAGCCCUUAGGGAAGCGGAGGACGCGGCACACGCGGCGGCGGAGGAGGCGGAAAGACGCAGGUUCGAGGAGGAGGCUUCGGCGAGGGCGGCUAGGCAGGCGGAGACGGAAGCAAGGAAGGCCUUGUGGCGGGCGGAAGAGGCUCAGAAAAUGAAGGAGCAGGCGGGAUCGAAAGCGUUGGAGGAGGCAGCGGCGGUGCGGCGGAUCGCCCAAGAAGAGGCGGAGCUCGCUCGAAGGCAGGCCACGGCUGUGCGGAUGGAGAACGCCAGGGCAUACCUCACCGCGAGAUUGUUGAGCGACGAGGGGGUUAGGUUGCUGAAGCACGGGCGCAACGGGAAGAGCAUGCACCGGACGCUGAGGUGCCCGGACCAGGAGUGCGGGACGCUGACGUGGGGCAAGACUCUCCACGACCUGAGGUUGAUGCAGGAGACCCUUCAGAGCCUAACUACACGGGGACAAGUGAGCUCCGUCGCUCGAAAGCGGGCAGAGCGGCCUUGGAUCGAAGCUUCAGCCUCCUCUUCCCCAGCAGGUCCCUCGACUUCACUGUCGCCUCAAAGGACGAAUGCGAACAAGUGGUGCUCGGCUUCCAGGCCCUGCUGGCUGCCCAACGAGGGUGAUCCGUGUUUCGUAGAUGUGUCUUUAAUGAAAAUUCUUGCACGGCGGCCCGCGGGUGGAGAUGGGGGGUGUGGAUGACCCGCCCCGCCGGUGGAGCGAGUGCGGGUUUCCUCGUGUGGCUUGUUUCGACGGUUGUUGGUUGCUCGUACAAUACAAGUUGGUGCUUUUGUCCUUUCCUGGCGGGAGACGGGAGUAAAAGGCGCGUGGGCGCCAAGGGGCGCGCCUGCGGCAAAGGGGGGUUCCGUGCGCUUUCGGCAAGGGUGGGGGGGGUAUCUCGUUGUCCGGAGGUGGAAGAGAGAACCGACUUUGAGGAGCGGCGUCACCCGAAUGUUUGGGGAGGGGGGGUUCGCGACUUGUUGGAGUCGCCUGUAGCAAGGCAGGGCGGGAUGGAUGCGGCAGCAGAUGUGUAAAGGAACAAGUUGGGGGGGAGGGGGGGGGUAUCCCCAACGUAGGCAUGUCAAAUAAGAUUUUGUUUCACCGAAAAAAACGUUGGUAGGUACGAGAGUUUUUUUCUUCCUUCCGCGCCAUGUUUUUUUUUUUGUUGCUCUUCUUUUUUUUUUCGGGGUAUCGCUAUGCAAUAGGGGGGAUCAACAUCCUCCCGAAACACACCGGGUCAAGUCUUCAUUGUUCCUUUUGGUCACCUUGCACCCCGCAGUACAUGCGUGAGUUGUGCGGUGAGCACCCUGCCUCCCUGCUGCUGUUUUUUAUCUCGAUGUGCGUUGAUUGGAAAUGAUUAUAUCGCUCUCUCUCUCUCUCUCGUUCUCUCUUUUUCGUGGCAAAUUGUUCCGUUCGUAGUUAUUUUUGGGAAAAAACCCGAUCACUCCCCCUCCUAUGUUUUUGUAGCUGUACCCUACGAUUGGAUUAAGAGUAGCCGAGGGGCUGGAAAUGCUGGCAGGUGUAUGGUAUGUGUUGUACCCGCGGGUCGUCGCAACCCUCCCUGCUGUGCUGAUAUUUCCGGCCGGUCUUGGAGCGGUAGAAAUGCGCUAUUAUACCACGUCCAUGCACCCCCUGCAACUGUGAGCUACAAGCUAAUGGCAGGGUGGUGGGUGGGGGCGGAAAGCGUCGUACCCACAAGCGUAAUGGGUGGGGGUCGUUGUUUGACGUUUCCAUGUGCAGCCAUGUUGCUCUAUACCCCCCCCCCCCUCCCGAUGUGUGGUCUAUAUGCGGUGGGUUUCGUAGUGUUGGUGUUCUUUGUGUGUUGUUAUCGGUAGUACUGCUGCUAUCACCACGUGAUGUUGAGCGGCUCUAUUUUUUGCCACUGCUUUGCCUGCUCUACCCUCAGUGCUGCGUUCGUCGCCAUCUGUUCGGAGGCCGAGAUAUGAAAAGAAGAUGUGUUCCCGUGCUUUUUUGUGUCUCCGGGGAAUAUUCGAUUUGCGAAGCCGCCGCCACAUAUAUUGGAUGCGGGUGCAUGAAGCAGGCCUUUGUGUGUGUCGUUCAACAUGUGGGACCUCCAGCGAGUUUUUCGUGCCAUCGACUGAAAAUAGUCACAUGUUGAAUGUCGGAACAUGGAGGUGAAUUGUUUGCAAAGGGGCACAGUAUCUGCGGAUGCAAGGGGGGGCAGACUCACUCGCGCAACAGCAAAGGAUGUGACAGCAGUAAUUUUUUUCUGGGUCCCACACACACACAUAUUGUUGGAGCUUUUCAUGUGUUUUGAAUUGCGUUUCAUGCUGGAAACAAGAGAUCGAUGAUUUGUUGUGCAAUGUGCUAUGAUCCCGAUUUUUUUUUUAAUUCAUGCUUUUGAGGCUU